UCCGAAGCGGCGAUGGGGCUAGAAGCUUGGGCCGAAAAUCCGGCUAGGGUGUGCGUGAUGCUGUCCAGGCGGCGGAAUAACUCCUGUUGAGCAGCGGACAUUUGUGAGAGGGCAUCAGACUGACGACUGAGCAACAUACCUUGUUGAGCGAUGGCAAGGCGGAGUCCCUCCGGGUCAGCUGAGUCGGAGGAAUGGCUAGUUCGUUCUGUCAUGAUUAGCAAGCGUGGUCGACUCAGGUGCUGGAACCCGGAAGGAGGCUCGGCAGGCAGUGAGAUUGUCCAAGGAGUGGUUGGAGGGUAUUGUUGGCAGCAACCGCGUGAUCCGAGACUGGGGUUGGAGAACGUCCGAGCGAGACGGCGAGAGGUGACCCGUGAUCAGGUAUGCUCCUCCGGUGACAAAGGAGAUCGUGGUGACAGAGGAACACCAGGCAAAGGUGGGGAACAGGGUUCCCCAGGGUCCAUAGGACCUACUGGUCCACAGGGCAGUAAGGGUCAGGCAGGUCUUCCUGGAGAACCCUGCAAGGUCCAGUACUCCGCUUUCUCUGUUGGCCGUCGCAAAUCCCUUCACACCCAGGACGCCUACCAGACAGUGAUCUUUGACACAGUCUUCGUGAACCUCCACGAACACUUCGACAUGUUCGAGGGCAAAUUCCUCUGCCACAUCCCGGGGAUCUACUUCUUCAACGUCAACAUCCACACAUGGAACUUCAAAGAGACAUACCUGCACAUCAUGCACAACGACACAGAGCGGGCCAUCGUGUACGCCCAGCCCAGCGACCGCUCCAUCAUGCAGAGUCAGAGCCUGAUGCUGGAGCUGGAACUGAGGGAUGAGGUUUGGCUCCGUCUGUACAAGAGGGAGCGGGAGAACGCCAUCUACAGCGACGACGUGGACGUCUACAUCACCUUCAGCGGAUACCUUGUUACACCUAAAUAAGAGGAAGAAAGAACACCUUCCAAAAAAUGAAUAUACACCGUCCUUUGGUCAUGAUCACAAAAAUGAAACAACCCCAGAUAAAACAAAAAAAUGAAAAAAUAAACUCUGUACACUGUCACCAGACUUUUCUCCUGCACCAAACUCCAGAUGUGAGUAAACAUGAAACCACAGUCAUCUGCAAAGAGUUGAGGUUACAAACAAAGAUGGGAAACAUGCAGAAACAGCUAACCUGGUGCCAACUAAGGUUUCAAAAUCACAAAGAUUGUUCAUAUGUGGCUAAAAGAAUUUUUGCUUUGCAAUUUUUUUUAGCAUAUUCUGAGUCAUUUAAAUGACUCGGAUGAAUACAUUUGUUUGAAAUUCACACAAAAUAUAACAAGAACAAACAGGAAGGGCAGUUUUGACAUAAUUUAACGAUUAAUCCACCUGUUUCUCGGCAUCAAAGUGACAACCCUUCUAUUUCUUAUUUCAUUUUUGACUAUAAAAAAUGUGAAACCAGUCAGUUAGACUGUCACCUUGUCUGAAGCCAGAUUUGGGGUUUCCCAGCACAUUUAAGUCUAAACCACAGUUAAAUCCAGACAGUGAACAGACCUGCUGAUGGGUUUUUAAAAUGAUCUUCCUGUGUAACCCAAAUACUGCAGACCCUAAGGUCAUGGGGCAAAACAAAGAUUUUUCCCCCAAAGUAUGCAAAAGUUUUGGUUCCAUCAGUAACAGUAAAACCAGGUACUAAAGCAGCUUAGCACCAUCAAACUACCAGCACCAUAUUUGACUGUUAGGUUUCUUUUUUUUUUACAAAAUGCCAUGUAUUCAAAGGUCUUGAAGCACUUUUUAACCACUGUAUUGUCGUUUUAAAUUUCUAAUGACGCAUUUUAUGUUUUUUUAUAAUGUGUUUUCAUUCAUCCAUUGGUUUUUCUUCCUUCCUUUAUUAUUUACAGGUACUUCCUAGGACAACAGAAAGUUGAGAAAAUCUAAUGUUCCAGUUGGAAACAGUAAACAUAAAAAAAUAAAGUAACAUUGACACAUGUUAGUCUCCGGAUUUUCAAAUUAAAUAAACACUAUAAGAAACAUGCCAAUAAUUUACCUCUUUAACUUUACAAAAGUUAUUCUGAAAAGAGAAACGAUUAAGUGAUAAAUUGUUAGCAUGCAUUCGUUUUUUGAUGGAUUCUUUUUACGUGAAGCUUUUAAAUCAACAGCUCAGGAAUUAAUCCAGUCUGGCUUUGAAAAAUUGAAUAAAAUUCAGCAAAAUGGUGAAAACAUAAUCUACUAAAUUGUUUUGAAGUAUUUUUAAACACGAGGCCAGUUGGAAAAGCUUUUUAUUUCCAGCAUCACAUGUUGGAGAGCAGGGCAUACAGCCACUAUUACAGCUUCACUGUAUACAUUUAUGAUAGCAUUUUCCUUUAGUUGACAAUAUUUUAUGAAGAUUGUAUAAUUGUUAUGUUAAACUUUCAGUUUUCACUUGCAUCAGCACAGAACCAUAAAAAGAAAACAUAUUAAGGAUAAUAUGAAAGGGCCUACAUCAUGCUUUUCUUAAACUACAUCCAUAUACAGUACAGACAAAAAGUUUGGACAUACUUUCCUAUUUAUUUGAGUGAGAAGGUGUGUCCAAACUCUUGGUCUGUACUGUAUGUGGUAAUAUGAUACUUUUGGCACACUAAAAAACGAUUUUUUUAUGAAACGAGUUAUUUUUACACCUCACUUCCUACCCGGAAGUCAGACAACUGGAUUUCUGAGGCCCUGUCUUUUGCUUCUUGUGGGUGGCGCCCAUUUCAUUCCCAGCCCCUAACCCCAACCCAA